AAGUACAUCUAGAUAAUCAUGAUAAUUAUGAUGAUAAUGUCUGGCUAAUAGAUUUAUUAAAUUAAUUAAAUCUAUACUAGACCUAGUUCUAAUAAUUUCAAACAUCACACAUUCAUGAUCAUUAGUCUAGAUUACCAUAUGAGAUCUUGAUCUAUUAGAAUUAUAUCUAGAUCCAGAAACAAAAUAAAUAUCCUGACGGUUGCAAGAUGAAGAUGUCUUGCUAAAAAAAUUAAGUGAACAAGGAUUAACAGAGGAAAAUGGUCAUUGAAGAAGUCCAAUCAAUUUUGCGUGGUGAACAAGUGCAGUUAAAAAAUGAUGUUGACGUUUCAUCCGACGCAGAGAAUUCUAGUUUUGUGCCUAAGACCAAGGUGAAUAUGUUUUAUAUCUGCAUGACUGUACUAUUUAACGAUCAGGGGCAUGUCUUGCUGGUGCAGGAGGCUAAGAAAUCUUGCUAUGGCCAGUGGUACCUUCCUGCGGGACGGCUAGAACCAGGAGAAACUAUAGCGGAUGGAGCCAGAAGAGAGGUUAAGGAAGAGUCUGGACUGGACUGUCAACUAACAUCACUGAUUGGAGUAGAAAUGAGUGGUCACACCUGGCUCAGGUUUACAUUUACUGGACAAGUUACAGGGGGAAUAUUGAAGACUCCAGAUAAAGCAGAUGUUGAGACUUUACAGGCGAAAUUUUUUAGCAAAGAAGAAAUGGCUGGAAUAGAAGGUUUAUUGAGGCAUCGAGAUAUUCUCAGAUUUAUUGACCUUGCUCGGGCCUACUGGGAGUCUGACGCAGUCAGUCGAUAUCCCGCAACUCUGCCUGUCAUAGCGCCACACAAACAGUUGAUACAUAGAGUGGUCAUAGUUGAUAGAUCUACUUCUAACAACAUGCAUAUACUGGCAUGUAAGAAGAAUGGCCUUCAUAUACCCACGACUUUAAUCAACCAUACCUACAGGCCUCUUAUUGCCAUCUCAGUCUACGCCAUCUUGAAGGGUGCGUUUGCCACAAAUCUUACGACGUCUGUUAGAAUGUGCGGCGUUCUGGGUGUAGAGCACAGAGGCACUGGCAAGCUUGAAGAUGGACUCUGCAUUACCUCCCUUGUCAGCCUUGACCUCUCAGAAGGGGUUGAGACCCCUGCUGUAACCAACCCACAGUACCAGUGGUGUCCUGUACAGUCAGCAGACUUACAUCAGAGACUCUGUGAUGGAGCUAAGGGAAAGAUAGUUCCUUUAUUUAAUGAGAGGUAUUAACCUUUCACACUGAUCUAGUCCUGUAUUUAUUUAUUUUAACAUUCCCAUGUUGUGCAAAGCCGAAGUCAUCAAAUUGUUUUUUUUAAAUAAGUUCUGUUUGUGUAACUGCUAAAUGCAGACGUUUGCUAAAACCAUGACUCUCUUUUUAAUUGUUUUGACAAUACCUCUAGUUUCUUUGCCUUGAACUAUAACAUGUUGUCUCCGUGUUAUUUUGGAUGGCCGUUUGGUGACACAGGGAUCAUAUUAUUACAUUACUUGUAGGCAUUGUCAGGACGGCUAUGUGUUCAUACAUGUCUCGUCAAUGAGGAAAUAACUCCUUAUGUAGCAGACACAAAUAAUAUGUUUAAUGUAUACAAUAAUAAUAACACCACCAAGUAUGAAAUGAUACAAUCCACGAAUAUUCAGUAAUAAUCCUUUAUCGAUAAACUUGACAAUAACGUAUUGACUCCUUAUAGUAAUACUGGUACACAUCUUGAUUUACUUCAUAAUAGCUCAAUAACUUUCUUAAGUGACAACAUUCAAUGACUGUUCUUACUGACUGUCCCUUACCAACUGCUAUCAAGUAACUGGUUAACUCAGAGUUAAAAGUGUUCACCUUAUAGAUUCAUGAGUUGUGAAUAAUACUCAUAAUAUUAAAAUACCGUAUCAACUGUAUGGCACCAACUUUGAGGUGGUGACACAUGUAAAUGUCCUUUGAGACCUUUUGGUACAUAGGGCAUAUAUCAAGUUGCGGCUCCAUUGCUUUUUCCCCUAUUGGAUGUCAUGACAUAAUGUCAAGUUGUAGCCACUUUAUUUUUCUGAUCUCUGGAACUACUUAUCAAAGCUGGAUUUUAUCAAGGUCCUUAAAAAGUCUUAAAAUCCAUUAUGAUUUGAACUAUAGACCCUUGAUUAAACAGCUAAGCAGUUUAUCACUUAACCACUAGCCCAGAGUUAAAUUUGUGUUUGUAACCUGCUUGAAGCUUAUUAAAAUGUAGCUUUAAAAACAAAUGAAAUUUGUUAAUAAUUAUCAAAUCAAAAACAACUGAAAAAACUUUUUGAGUCCUGUUUUGUAUUCUAAUUACCUAUAAACAAUUUGUUUUUUUGGCAAAGAUCUAUUUGAAUGCUAGUGAUAUGAGCAUCAUUGAUUAAGAUAAUAGAUGACAUGGAUGGUAUGAAAAAAAUUAAUAAAAGAAUAGGUCUUAACUAUUUUUGAUGGUUUAACUGCUUUGUACCAAGGGUUAUUUUAUAGUUUAAUUUCAAAAGAAUUACUGUUUUCCUCUGAACUUUUCUUCUUCUUCUAGCCAGCUUUAUUGCUGCUCCUCGGAACUUUAAAAUGACAUUGCCAGGCCCCUAAAAUGAUUUUUUGUAUGUUGUAAAUGUUAUCUGUGAUAAGCAUCACUCCUAAUCACGUAUAAUGUUUUUUACUAUCUCAUGAUCAAGUGUGAUCUGUUGUAUUGUUGUUUUGCAGCAAAAUCAUAUUUUAGCUUUUGAUUUUAAUAUUUUACCCAUAAUUUAUAAAUCAUUAGUUCACCAUUGUUCUUUUUCUAAUGCUUUUGUUUUUGAGACUGUGAUAAUUUCAAACUUUUUUAUGUUUUCAUAUUUAUCAGGUAGUACAAAUAUGCAUAGGUUUAUUGACUUGUUAUCAAUUUGUUUAUUGUUUUAGUUUCAAAUUUUUAUAUACCUUUUUUUUAUCUAACCAUUUCUAACAAUAAAUGGAGGAUUAUGUUUAACAAUAAAUUGAGCUAUUUUUAAUAAUAAAAAGGGAAGGUGUAUUUGUAUAGUGUGUGAUAUGUGCACUUGACUGUUGUCUCGUUGUCUUCUGUUCGAAACCUGUCUGUUGUCAUUCCUUGUUGUCCUGCAAGAAGUUUGGGCUAGGAUGUAAUCAUCUUCAAAUUUAAAGGAAGAUCAAAAACAUUUCAAACAUUUCCUUGAAACCUCUUAUCUGUAUAAAGUAAAGUAAAGUUCCCCUUUCAGACCUUGUGGUCUAUAGGGCAGAUGAUGUAAAGGUCAUCUGUUUCUGUAGCCUACAGUUAAAGAGGGUGUCAUGUGGCCAGCACAACAACCAACUGCCUUUACUUUUCCCCAACUAAUGUCAGAUGGUGGACUCAGAGGCGCCCUAAGAUCCCGAAAUUAAAAAUCCCAGUCUUCACUAGGAUUCAAACCCUGGUCCCCGGUUCGGAACCCAAUCGCUUUACCGCUCAGCCACCGCGCCUCCGUAUAAAGUAGUAGAUGAAAAUGUUUAUCCUAAAAUUUGUAAUGAAAAAAAAAAAAAAGACCAGCAUGUCUGCGUCAUACAUCUUAUGAAAAUAAAGCAACUAAUCUUUAUACUAAGAUAAUUUAAAAAAAAAAAAAACUACCUUUCCAUAGAAUAUGACCAUUUAAAAUCUUUAAAAUCAGUGUUCCCAAUUUAAACCUUUCACCUACAAAGUUAUAAUAAAAACGGAAGGGGCGGGGUACUAAAAUAUUUUCAGCUUCUUAUCAUGUAUUGCAUGGAGUUUUCUAUUGACUUGUUCAUGUUCAUAUUGAUAUUUAAUAGAACGCAAUGAAAAUAGAAUACUCCUAUCAGCCCAGCCUUGUUUUAGCUGCCAGUCUUUUUCAGCAAUGCAAUCAAAUUCUUCUUUAUAGAUUUUUUUUUGUAGUAAUUGUGAUAUCAAGUUUAGCUUUUUUUUUGUUUACCACUUAGUAUUUUUUUUUUAAGGACAUUUAUGUUGUUUUUUUUAAAUGUUAGCCAAGAACAUCAAAAUAAACAUUUCAAGUUUUAUUGUA